UUCAAACCUACCUAAGGAAUUUUAUCACCCGAUUCGCGCCGAGAAACACCCACGUCAUGAUUGGAAAUCUAACAGAGGGUGUUGAUGUUUUGUAUAAAUAACGGCAAGCCCUACAUCGUUUUGUGCAGUAUCCAAACCAAUUCACUUCCUUCCAGCAACCUCAUUCCAGCGUUGAGCCUUGGAAAAUCACCAUCAUGACCGCCCCAGAACACGUCAAUGAAGCUGCCCCUGGCAUCUCAUAUUUCACACCAGCCCAGCAGAUUCCAGCAGGCACAGCUCUAUCCAACAAAGAUGGCAGCGAGAAGAUCCCAAAGAUUUUCAAUCCCCUCAAGCUACGUGGAUUGAAUCUACAAAACCGCAUUGCUGUGUCACCCAUGUGCCAAUACUCUGCUCAAAACGGCCAUGCAACUCCAUGGCAUGAAACUCACAUCGGCGGCAUCGUCCAGCGAGGCCCUGGUCUCACCAUCAUGGAAGCAACUGGCGUCGUCCCUGAGGGUCGCAUUACUCCUGAGGAUAUGGGACUCUGGCAGGAUUCGCAAAUUGAGCCACUCCGCAAGAUUGUCGAAUUCGCCCAUUCUCAGAACCAGUUGAUUGCUAUUCAGCUCGCACACGCUGGCCGCAAGGCAAGCACAGUCGCACCGUGGCUCAGCAGCGGUGACAUCGCAGGCACCGAUGUGAACGGAUGGCCCGACAAUGUCAAGGCACCCAGUGCCGUCAGGUACAACGAUACUCACUGCCAGCCCAAGGAGAUGACCAGGGAAGACAUCGCUGAGUUCAAGAAGGCAUUCAAGGCCGCAGUGGAGCGCGCGUUGAAGGCCGGAUUUGAUGCUAUUGAGAUUCACGGUGCUCACGGCUACCUCUUCCACACUUUCUUGUCCCCGGCCUCCAACUUCCGCACUGACGAGUACGGUGGCUCUUUCGAGAACCGCAUUCGUUUGCUCCUCGAGGUCAUUGACAUCGUCCGUGCAACGAUCCCAGAGACAAUGCCCCUUCUUCUCCGAAUCAGCGCUGAUGAUUGGCUUUCUGAAGCCGGUAUUGAGGGCUGGACCAUCGACCAGAGCGUCAAGCUCGCCGAAAUCGUCGCUACCAAGGGAGUCGACUUGAUCGACGUGUCCUCUGGCGGUCUGCACGAGAAGCAGCACAUCCACUCCAAGCCGGGUUACCAGGUUCCCUUCGCCAAAGCCAUCAAGGACAAGGUUGGAGACAAGCUCUUGGUCGGCACUGUGGGAUCCAUUACCGAGGGCAAGCAAGCCAACGGAUACCUUGAGGACGAAAACCUCGAUCUGGUCCUUGUUGGACGAGCAUUCCAGAAGAAUCCAGGACUUGUCUGGGCUUGGGCUGACGAGCUUGGUGUUGAGGCACGAUGGGCAAACCAGAUCAGGUGGGGCGUUCGCGGACGUCAAAAGAAGUCGCAGUAAAUCUUUUUAAGAUGCAAGACUAGAUAGGAGGAUGAUGAUCAAUACCAUAGAUAUUCCAUAGAUAGGGGAUAGAGACUCCAAAUGAUACGCAUUUAUGACCAGCC